UUGAAGAUUGAUCAAAGUUAAAAAUUAGUUGGAGAAAAAAUAAUAAUGGAAGAAGUAUUAUUGCGUGGUUCCGAUGAACAAGCAAUAGCUUCCUUGUACAAACUAAUAAAGCACGAUCCAGAUUUUCUACACGACUUCGACCGGAAGCCGUUCGCCGCCAUGCCGCUGCACUUAGCCGCCGGAGAAGGACGGACGCUGCUGGCGCUAGAAAUCCAGAGGCUCAUGCCCUCGUUCUGUACAAAGCUGAACACCGACGGGUUGACCCCCGUUGACCUGGCCAUGCGGCGGGGCCACGGCGGAACUGCCGGAGCCAUGAUAAAGUUGAACCCGGGACUGGCCCGAGUUCAAGGGAGAGAGGGAAUCACGCCCCUCCAUUUGGCGGCCGAAGCGGACGAUGCCGAUUUAUUGGCUCAAAUUCUUCUCACUUGCCCAAAAUCGAUCGACGUGUUAACGGUCCGCGAGGAGAGCGCCGCCCACGUGGCGGUGAGGAACCGGAAGUGGGCUGCGUUUCGGGUUUUAUGUGGGUGGCUUCAGUGGCGGAUCCAGGAUUUUUGCCAAGGGGGAUAUGGGCUAGGCUAUACUAUUUUGGAUGCUGACGUGUCCACUAAUCAAUACGAGUAUGUAUCGGCAUUAGCAAGCGGAAAAUACAGUGAAGCUGGAGCAUCAGAAUUGACUACUACUACUACUAAUGCUACUGCUGCUGCUACUACGGUAGCUCAGUACUUGAGCUCAAAGGUAUCGAUUUGGGAGAAAAUGAUAAAACUCGGCGCAUAUCUAGACUACGGCAUUCGGAGCGAGACCCGAAACUCCUUACUAGUGGUGGCGGUUCUGAUCGCUACCGCCACUUACCAAGCAGUGCUCAGCCCUCCUGGUGGCGUCCCCGGCGGUGGAGACCCAAUGGCACCCAUCUACAUGAACAUCGAUCUCUAUGCUUUCAUGCAGCUGAAUUCUCUCGCUUUGGCGGUGUCGCUCGUGUUUAUAUUUUCGUUGCUCCCCAUCAGGCUCAAAACUUUUCUGCUCCAUUUGUCAAUAGUGCUGUUGAUGGUGGGUUACCUGUUGGCCGUGAAGCUUAUAUGGCCGCUCGAUACGAUGGUCAGGACGACAUUCUAUUACUGGGGUACUUGCAUUUGCUUUUCGUCAUUGAUAAUAUUGAAGUUAUCGUUCGUUUCCGCGAGGUAUAGUUUUAUUCGGUUCCACAACCAGCUGUAUUUAGGUAGCGACAGGGGCUACAACAUUUCGGAGCUCGUCAGGAUACUGUAUGAAACCAAUUAUUCUUCAUCGUCCAACAACUCUAUUGCCUAAUG